CCGGGGCCCGGGGGGAUGGGGCGGGUCGGGCUCGGCGUGGCGGCGGGCUGCGCGGCCGCCACGUGCGCGAUCGCCGCCGCGCUGGUGGCGCGCAGGGCGUCGGCGCGGGCGCGCUGGCGCCGCGCCGUCGCGCUGCUCAGGGAGUUCGAGGAAGGCUGCGCCACGCCGACGCCGCGCCUGCGCCAGGUCGUCGACGCCAUGGUCGUCGAGAUGCACGCGGGCCUCGCCUCCGACGGCGGCAGCAAGCUCAAGAUGCUGCUCACCUUCGUCGACGCGCUCCCCGCCGGAAAUGAACAAGGCACAUAUUAUUCCAUCGAUCUUGGAGGAACAAACUUUAGAGUGUUGAGAGUUGAAGUUGGUGCUGUGUCUGUGGUGACCAGUCGGGAGGUUAAACUUCCCAUCCCUGAGGAAUUGACCAAGGGUACAAUUGAGGAGCUAUUCAACUUUGUUGCCAUGACCCUAAAGGAAUUUGUAGAGACAGAAGAUGUUAAAGAUGAACAAAGGGCGCUUGGUUUCACAUUUUCUUUCCCAGUUAGACAAACUUCAGUGUCUUCAGGGUCAUUAAUUAGGUGGACUAAAGGUUUUUUGAUUGAAGAUGCGGUUGGGAAAGAUGUGGCUCAAUGCUUAAAUGAAGCUCUUGCUAGGAGUGGACUAAAUGUGCGAGUUACUGCACUGGUGAACGACACCGUGGGGACAUUAGCUCUAGGACAUUAUUAUGAUGAGGAUACAGUGGCUGCUGUGAUCAUCGGUGCUGGCACCAAUGCUUGCUAUAUUGAACGCACUGAUGCAAUUAUUAAAUGUCAGGGUCUUCUUACAAACUCUGGUGGCAUGGUAGUAAACAUGGAAUGGGGCAAUUUCUGGUCAUCACAUUUGCCAAGAACUCCUUAUGACAUCUCCCUUGAUGAUGAGACGCAAAAUCGCAAUGAUCAGGGGUUUGAGAAAAUGAUCUCUGGGAUUUAUCUCGGGGAAAUUGCAAGGCUGGUGCUGCAUCGCAUGGCUCUAGAAUCAGAUGUUUUUGGCGAUGCUGCUGAUCAUCUAUCUACCCCCUUCACAUUGAGCACACCACUUCUGGCUGCAAUUCGCAAGGACGAUUCACCAGAUCUGAGUGAAGUCAGAAGGAUACUGCAAGAACAUCUGAAGAUAAUGGACACUCCCCUGAAAACUCGAAGGCUAGUCGUCAAAGUCUGCGACAUUGUCACCCGAAGAGCUGCACGCCUAGCUGCUGCUGGUAUUGUCGGGAUACUGAAAAAGCUCGGUCGGGAUGGGAGCGGCGUGGCUUCAAGCGGGAGAACACGAGGGCAGCUGAGGCGGACGGUGGUUGCGAUCGAGGGUGGCCUGUAUGAGGGCUACCCAGUGUUCAGGGAGUACCUAGAUGAAGCUCUGGUGGAGAUCUUGGGGGAGGAGGUGGCGCAGACGGUGGCGCUAAGGGUGACAGAGGACGGGUCUGGGGCUGGCGCUGCCCUCCUCGCCGCCGUACAUUCGUCGAAUAGACAGCAAGGUUCCAUAUAGGGAGAUGGUGAUACAGGAGCUAGCCCCUCUGUGCAAAUGUAAAAAGGGACAUUAUUUGAUAUCUAUAUUCAUAUAUAUAAAAUCUGGUCUUGUGCAGAGAAAUACCUGUUCUCCUAUCUCAGCUCUUAUGAUUCUUCUGCCUUGCCCUUGUGGAUGUAACCGUUGCUGUGUACUAGGUUUACCUUUUUUUCCCAGUGUUGAAGGAUUAUAAUUCUUUGUAAAUCUGAGUUGCUGAUGAACUGAUCAUGCAGGCCAAAAUGUCAUGCCAAGCUAAGGUAGGCCACAUUACAUGACC